CUUAUCUCCACCAAUCUCUCUCUUCAUUUUCAUCUUCUUUUUCUCUCUCUCUCAAUCCCCUUCUUCUUCAAGGGGACCUCUGUUUUUCUUUCAUUGGUGACAGUUACUACAGAUAGAAUUUCCAAAGAAUCUCCACUUUUGGUUUUCCAGCAUUGUAAUCAGUCAGCCAUAGUGAGAAUAUUUGCACUUCUUCCACAUGGGCAGACAUUCUUGUUGCUACAAGCAGAAGCUAAGGAAAGGCCUGUGGUCUCCUGAAGAAGAUGAGAAACUUAUAAAACACAUAACCAAAUUCGGCCAUGGUUGCUGGAGCUCUGUUCCUAAACUUGCAGCUUUACAAAGAUGUGGCAAAAGUUGCAGAUUAAGAUGGAUUAAUUACCUCAGACCUGAUUUAAAGAGAGGAACAUUCUCCCAACAAGAAGAAACUCAGAUUAUUGAACUCCAUACUGUUCUUGGCAACAGGUGGUCUCAGAUUGCGGCUCAAUUGCCUGGAAGAACUGAUAAUGAGAUAAAGAAUCUUUGGAAUUCUUCUAUCAAGAAGAAACUCAGGCAAAGAGGAAUUGAUCCAAAUACCCACAAGCCAAUUUCUGAUCAGUUAAUUGAGAAUGAUUUAUUAGAGAAAUCAACAAACCCAUCUCCGGUGGUGGACAUUCAAAAGUCAUCUCCUGCGACUGAUUUUCCAGGCUUCUUCUCUAUUCCACAACAGUUCAAUUAUGAAUCAAAUAUUGGACUUUCCAUGAAUCCAAACACAACCCUGUUCUUCAAUCAGAAUUCCACAUCUUCUACUGACUUCACUUUCCCUUCUACAAUUCCAUCCGAAACUACUACUACUACUGCUACAACUACCUCAUUGGGGUCCAUAAGUGUUAAUGGUGUUCCAAAUUGGAACAGUACAAGCAGCAAUGGAAGUAGCAGCAAUACUGCUGCUUUCUCAUGGACUGUGACAGCAGACUGUUUAAAACCUGAAAACGAAGAAGAAGACAUCAAAUGGUCUGAAUAUCUCCAAACCCCAUUUUUACUGGGAACUGCAGUUCAAAAUCAAGCUCCUCAAGAUAUUUAUAACGGAGAUAAACCAGAAACACAAUCAACCAUACAUGGAUCAAGUAAUAUUUGGCCAGUCGUGGAGCAGCAACAAUCAAUUGACAUAUUUAAUAAGCAAUUCAAUAGACUUGCCACAACAUAUGGCCAAUAUUCCUAGCUGGUUUCCAUGGUGUUCUUCUCCAGUCUGUAGAUAAUCCUGAUACAAAAAUUCUCCAUCUUUCUCGUAUAUAUAUCAUAUAUACCAUCCAUCAUUUGUUGCUAUAGGAAUGGACAUGGAGAAAAUUCAGAAUAAAGUCAUGUUUAAACUCUGUUUUCACAUAUCACAUUUUCUACUUUGUUUUUGAUUUGUGAGGUUUGUAAUUCUCUCUGUAAAUUUGGAUAAGUUGUGUUACAUUUUGCGAUUUCUUUGUAAUGUUGUAGAGCCAUGGGAAAACCUUCAAACUACUUUUCAAUUAUGUAAAA